UAUUUUCACUCUUGUAACUCCGAUGACUUACCUCAAGCUUUUUGGAAUAUUUAUUCUACUACAAUUGGCUAACGGGCAGUGCCGUCGGGAAGAAGACGACUUUAUUGAUGGGUUGUGCUACUCUUUCCCAACAGGACCUCUAAAAUUCAACGAUGCUCAAAACGCAUGCCACUCGAUGAAUCAGCACUUGGCAAUUGUGCAAAGCUAUGUUCAAGUCAACUUUUUGUCGACCCUUAUCCGCACUCGCCUUGGAGUUUCCACUGGGAAAUUCUGGAUCGGAUUGAGCCGCCCGUCUGUCAAAUUGGGGUACCAAUGGGAUGACGGAUCUCAGGUGGUUUGGUCGAAUUUUGAUCCAAAUAAAAUCCAAAACAAUCGAUUUGUUGCUGAAAAUCUGUUGAACGGGAAGUGGCAGACAAUGUGCGGGCAGGUGGCUCUACCAUUCGCUUGCAGUUAUGAUCCGAAUGAAAAAUUCACGACUGUGGCAAUUGAAACCUCAACUACUACAAAACCAAAUCAUGUUACUACAUCAACAAUUGAAACUUCGACUACAACGAAAUCAAAACCCAGUGUGACUUGCUUGUUCAUGUAUGACACCCAAUCUUCUGGAAUUAGCACCUCUGCGAUUUCUACUUAUAAAACGUACUUCAACUUUGCGAUUUUCAUAGCAAGCAAACUGAAUGACAAGACAAUGUUAACCGGGUACAUUGAUAAUUUCGGAUACUCUACUGGCCUCAAUGAUCAUGAGAAUUAUCCGACUGAUCAUUAUAAUAAUUUGAAUAACAUACCAUUCCCAAUUGACGGCACUGACGAUAAUAUCGAUCUAGAUUUGAAAGACGUUGACGGAUCUCUAGCAACUGCUUCUUGGACUCCACCAGUCGCAGAUCAAACAUGCAUGAUAUUUAUAUCAGCUGCCCCAGAAGCCGAAUACGGUGGUACCACAAUCAAAUCCACCUACACCUCCUUUGGUACAGUAGUCGGAGUACUGGUUGGUGGAGCCACUUCAAUUCCUGGGCUCUCAAUUGACACAAAUGUGAUUGCUGCUCCAGCGUUGUCGGAUUCGGACGCCGAUGCUGUUGUGAGCAAGCUCCUGGAGCUUUUGCUUUGAGUUUAAGCCUGUAAAACUAUUUUGGAAUAAAAUUGUUUAUACUA